AUGUACCCAGCCGCUCCCCGCAACACCCCGCUUCUGGAAACCGUUCAAAAGCCCUCUUUCAAGCCUUCCUGGAAGCCUGUCUCCGCACCCCGUCUCCGCACCCCGUCUCCGCACCCCGUCUCCGCACCCCGUCUCCGCACCCCGUCUCCGCACCCCGUCUCCGCACCCCGUCUCCGCACCCCGUCUCCGCACCCUGUCUCCGCACCCCGUCUCCGCACCCCGUCUCCGCACCCCGUCCCGGCACCCUGUCCCGGCACCCCGUCCCGGCACCCCGUCCCGGUACCCCGUCCCGGCACCCCGUCCCGGCACCCCGUCCCGGCACCCCGUCCCGGCGGCCCGGUCUCCACGAAGCGCUCCGGGGAGGAAAUUCCACCAUUAAAUAUCGAAAUAUACUAA